AUGGUAUGGCACAGUCAUGAAGGGAGUCCGGUGAAGCGAAAUCAACGUGCGGCAGGCACGUCAGGGCAUGGCUCGCCGUCUGCGCGGCACGGUCCCGAAUCGACGCGCCUCUUAUCGGAAAUGGCGCCGCAUUUAAUGACCCCCGCAAUGGUCAAUGCCCUCACAAAAGUGAGUUUGCAGACGGGACAGCUCAGCAAUACGCGCGACCCUUUUCCCUUGAAGCGAUCGACUCUGCUGCUCACGCCGCGGUUCUCACUCGAGAACCCAGCACGCUCUUUGGCACGGAUUAGCAGCUCCCUCCUUCAGUUCUCGGGGCUCUCCAAAGAUCGGGCUAUGAACGAGCGUGCGUCAUUUACAUCCAUGGAUAUCGGCGUGCUAGAGGAGAGCCAGCGUAUACUAGAAAGCGCUGACCAUGAUUUGGACAAGUCGUGCGACACCGCGGAGCUCGACACGGCGGACCCUGACGAAGUGCCUGUUUCACUCCUUCGUGGCUUCCAGGCCACAGUUCCAGAAGCUUACGCCGGCAAGGCACGCCGAGCUAAGGCGCGUGCUUCGAUUGUGUCGUCGCGCAUGUCGCGGCGCACGACCGAGAAAACAUUGCUCUCCCUCGAAGAACUCGAGCUGCAAGACGCCGAGGUGCGCCAAGAGCUGCAGCACAUCGGGAUCCGGCGCUCCUUGUACAGUACUGAAAUGGUGAAUGUGAAUGCAAAAAUUUCCGCAUUGGAGAAUAUCCGCGCAUCGCUGGAGCUAAAAAUGCUCGAGGUGCGCGAAGAGGAGCUCGAACUGUCCGACGAACUCCACGGCCUCACGGAGCUGCUCGAGCUCCAGCGGCAUCGCCGCGCGAUGCCCGGAGGCCGUGGUCUUGAUGCAAGCACUGUACUUCCUCAAACGACCGUGACGAUGCGUGGCACGAGCCGCCGGAAGCGCGGCCCCGUCUUUUUGCCGUCCGAGCAUGACGAACUGCCACCUGGCGUUGCGUUCCUUACUCUGCGUGAGCAGGCAGGACCGGUUACUUCGCUGGAUUUCUCGGAGCCAUACGGCACACUGGUGAGUGCGUCAGUCAACGAGCAAAUGUGUGUAUGGGAUCUGUCGACGAGCGACGAAGUCGGCCGGCUGCGUGGGCACUCCGACACUGUCAAGUGCGUUCAAGUAGAAGAUGAGCUGUGUGUUUCUGGAUCUUUGGAUCACUCGCUCCGGCUCUGGGAUUUGCGCCGCGUAGAUGCGUACGAGGAUGCGCUGGAGGAUGAGCUGGAGGAUGCGUUGGAUCCGUGCGUGCGUGUACUCGAAGGGCACAGCAAAGGGGUCACUGCACUCUACUUUGACGACGGGUGCCUUGUGACGGGCGCUGCAGACAAGACAUUGCGGCAGUGGGAUCUCGAGACAGGCCAGUGUGUGCUGACGAUGGAUAUUUUGUGGGCCAUGUCGAAUGCGGGCGCCAGCGGUCUGGUCGAUACGCGCACAAAAGAUCCCGAACUUGCGCCGCACGGUCUGGCGAAUGCGUUUUUCGGACCGUUUUCAUACCCACAGCCCCCGUACGAAGACGGCAGUUGGGAGAUGUACCAGGACUUUGUGGGCGGUGUACAGUUCUGGGGCUAUGCACUUGCGAGUGGCAGUGGCGACGGCGGCAUACGCAUGUGGGAUUUACGUACGGGACAGGCGCAUCGCACUUUGCUGGCGCAUACCGCACCGAUCACUGCGCUGCAAUUUGACGAGACGUACCUCGUCACAGGCAGUCUCGACAAGUCGGUUCACGUCUGGGAUCUGCGGAUGGGCAGUAUUGUGGAUACACUUUGCUACAACUAUCCAGUCACUGCACUCCAGUUUGAUUCGCGCAAGAUCAUGGUCGCAGCCGGAUCACAUGCCGUAGAUGUAUACAAUCGCAUCUCGGAAAAGCACUCGCCGCUCACGGUGAAUGGACAUACUGCACCGGUCGAGCGUUUGCGGUACAUGGACCGCUAUGCGGUGACAGGGGGGCGCGAUCAGUGCAUCAAAGUAUGGUCUAUGUAG